AUGGAAGGAUCAGAGAUUGUCGCCGACGACGCUUAUUCGAUAGGUUGCACGCGGAAGGCUGCGAUAUCAUCCGGGGGCGAUCACGAUAAUAAGGAAUCAACUCGAUUCGCAGGUUUGACGAUGCGACGUGGGGGCGGACGGGCUUCUUUGGUUAAUCCUUGA